UAGCAGCAGGAACUAGCUAAGCAGCCUUUAGCAUCCAAGAUGGCGGGAGCAGACAGCGACGACUCUCUUUACCCGAUUGCUGUGCUAAUCGAUGAGUUAAGAAAUGAAGAUGUUCAGUUACGAUUGAACAGCAUCAAGAAACUCUCUACCAUUGCCUUAGCUCUGGGGGUUGAAAGGACACGUACUGAACUUCUACCUUUCCUCACAGAUACCAUAUAUGAUGAAGAUGAAGUUCUGCUUGCCCUUGCUGAACAAUUGGGUAACUUCACAAUGCUGGUUGGAGGGCCAGAAUAUGUGCAUUGUCUCCUUCCCCCUUUGGAGAGUCUGGCUACAGUUGAAGAGACAGUGGUGCGGGACAAGGCAGUGGAGUCCCUGCGGAAGAUCUCCCAUGAGCAUUCUCCAGUGGACCUGGAAGUGCACUUUGAGCCUCUGGUGAAGCGUUUAGCCAGUGGUGACUGGUUCACGUCACGUACCUCUGCCUGUGGUCUCUUUAGCGUCUGCUACCCCCGAGUUUCCAGUACAGUCAAGGCUGAGAUCCGCCAGCACUUCCGCACCUUGUGUUCUGAUGACACUCCCAUGGUUCGCCGUGCAGCCGCUUCCAAACUGGGUGAAUUUGCCAAAGUGUUGGAGCUGGAGUAUGUCAAGAGUGACAUAAUUUCUCUCUUCACUGCGUUGGCAUCUGAUGAACAGGACUCAGUUCGUCUCCUGGCUGUGGAGGCUGGCGUCAGCAUUGCCACUCUGUUGCCUCAAGAGGAUCUGGAAGCUCUGGUGAUGCCCACUCUGCGCCAGGCAGCAGAAGACAAGUCCUGGAGGGUUCGCUACAUGGUUGCUGACAAAUUCUCAGAUCUGCAAAAGGCCGUGGGUCCAGAAAUCACAAAGAAUGACCUAGUGCCAGCCUUCCAGAAUCUUCUGAAAGACUGUGAAGCUGAGGUCCGUGCCGCUGCAGCAAACAAAGUCAAAGAAUUCUGCGAAAACCUACCAGAGGACAGCAGAGAGACUAUUAUCAUGACACACAUUCUCCCCUGUGUUAAGGAACUCGUCUCAGACACUAAUCAGCAUGUGAAGUCUGCACUGGCAUCGGUCAUUAUGGGCCUGUCCACCAUCUUAGGCAAAGACAACACCAUUGAGCACCUGCUUCCCCUUUUCUUGGCCCAGCUCAAAGAUGAGUGCCCAGAGGUUCGCCUCAACAUCAUCUCCAAUUUGGACUGUGUGAACGAGGUGAUUGGUAUCCGCCAACUUUCCCAGUCUUUGCUUCCGGCCAUUGUAGAGUUGGCUGAGGACGCCAAAUGGCGAGUGCGACUGGCAAUCAUCGAGUACAUGCCCCUUCUGGCUGGACAGCUGGGUGUGGAGUUUUUUGAUGAAAAACUCAAUUCUCUUUGCAUGGCUUGGCUUGUUGAUCACGUUUAUGCUAUCAGAGAGGCAGCCACCUGUAACCUGAUGAAGCUGGUGGAGAAGUUUGGGGCAGAGUGGGCACAGAACACUAUUGUGCCUAAAGUACUGGGAAUGGCUAACGACCCCAACUACCUGCACAGGAUGACUACCCUCUUCUGCAUUAAUGCUCUGUCUGAGGUGUGUGGACAGGAGAUUACCACCAAACACAUGCUCCCUGUAGUUUUGAAGAUGUCUAAUGACCAGGUAGCCAACGUACGUUUCAACGUGGCCAAGUCUCUUCAGAAGAUAGGACCUGUGCUGGACAGCAAUUGUCUGCAGACAGAGGUGAAGCCAGUGCUGGAGAAACUGGCAUCAGAUCAAGACAUGGAUGUCAAAUAUUUUGCCCAGGAGGCCAUCAGUGUUCUUUCCCUGGCCUAAUGUUCCUUCUUGCUGAACCUAAGACCCAUCUCAAGCUGACCUCCAUUGUAUUUAUUGACAUCCACGAUCGUCCACUGGACUGUUUAUGACGAAACGGUGUGUUUUGUUCCCUCUCAGUGAGAAAUGUUUUAGAGAUACUUGGAUUCCGUCAGUAUUUUGUUGACCACACACACCCUCUUGCUCUUCAUACUCCACGAUAGACCCUCCUGAGCCCCUUUUGCUGUGUGUAUGUUCACUCUCUAACCCACACACUUAAAUGGCAUUUACCAUCCACUUAACAAUAUAACCAAGCAUCAUAGGCUUGUCAUAGAGUAAAACAAAUAGAUGUACCGAGGCGUCAGUUGUCCAGAUUUUACUUCAGCUGUCUGAUCUAAUGGACUGAACCAUCUUUGCUCUUUGCGCUGAUUUUAAGCUAGAGUUGACCCAUGCAUGUGCACAGCAUGAUGGGCCGAAUCACUACUGCGACUGUCAAUUGAAUACUGUGUUCCUGCGCUCUGUCCUACACUGAUUGUUGUCGAACCAAGACCCAUAAAGCACUAGACACAUGUCCGUUCUCUGAUGCCAUUCUCGGAGUGCUUUUCGUCUUUAAGGGACCAUGACAGAUAUCCAUCUCUUUUCAGCAACUGUUAUAACAGAGGAUGGGCAUUCCUAAACAGCCCUUUUUAUCUUAAGAAGGCAAGCUUCUUCAUUCUGUGCCAUUGACCAUGUUGCACAUUCUUUCUUUUUUGAUUUGUUAAAAAAAAAGUUUAACUUGUGUAUAGGAGAUCAUCUGCAUGCCUCUUGCACUCCGGUUUCAUAUUAGAAGCUCAUUAAUCACAAGGCAUCUUAAAGUCUCUCCGUUAACGCAUUGCUUUUUGCCUGUGAUGUUGACUGUCCGAUUCUUCUUCAGCUUCAGAGUGCAGUCAAUAUAGUACUAUCUGCUAUGUAAAGUGUCUUUAGAUUGUGCUUUGGGUUUUAUAUGAAUAUGGUCGCAUUGCCCUUGAUAGAAGGGAACUCAAUAAAGAACGUUAUAUAACCCUA